AUGGCCGCCUUCUGGCGCCUACCAUGGCUCCUCCUCGCCGACCUUGUGGCCAUGUUUGUCAUCAUCGUGGCGCUGGCGUGCCUCGUCGUCUUCGUCUUCGCGGUGACCACAGGCUCGUCGGGCCACCGGGUGCCGAGCCGGGAGUUCCUCGAGUACGACCUGGACAACUACUCGGGCUGGCUGCACGCCCGCCUGGAUGCGCCAGGACGCUGGGACCGGAUCAAGGCCUGCCUGGCCGCCAUGCCCACCUGCACCGACUUCAACAGGACGUACAACACGGCGCAGGACCUGUUCACGGCAGCCCCAAACAGGAUGACCCCUCUACAGUCGGGGUGCUAG